AUGAGAAAUGGCUCCAAUGACGUGAGCUUCAAGGGAUCCGACGAGAUUCCCACCCCCAACAUUGAUGCCUUGGGCUACCAGGGACUGAUUCUAAAUAGGCACUACGCACCCGCCCUGUGCACGCCCUCCAGAGCCUCCCUGCUGACCGGCAAGCAUCCCAUCCAUCUGGGCAUGCAGCACUACGUCAUCCCGUCGGACGAGCCCUGGGGCCUGCCGGCCAGCUUCAAGAUCCUCCCACAGUACCUGAAGCGGGCGGGCUAUCGCAGCCACUUGGUGGGCAAGUGGCACCUCGGCAUGGCGCGCCGCCACUUCAUCCCCACCGAGCGGGGCUUCGACUCGCACGUGGGCUUCCUGGGGCCCUACAUUGACUACUUCGACUACACGCUGAAGAUGGUGAACAAGCCCUACGGCAGUGGCUUCGACUUCCGCCGCAAUGCGACAGUGUAUCGCGGCCGUGUGGGCGAAUACGCGACGGAUGCACUGACUGAGGAGGCCGCUCAGGUUAUUCGCGACCAUGAACCCGCCCAGGGUCCACUGUUUCUCUUCUUCGCCCAAAUCGCCCCGCACGCCGCCAACGAGUACGAUCCCCUGCAGGCCCUGCAUCGCGAUCACCGGCAAAUGUCGCACAUCGCGGGGGAGCGGCGGAGGACUUAUGCCGCAAUGGUCGCGGCCCUCGAUCGCUCCGUCGCGGGCAUUGUCGAUGCUCUGCACACCGCCAAGAUGCUCAACAACACCAUCAUUCUCUUCUACUCGGACAAUGGGGGACCGACUCAAGGCCUCCACGCCACCACAGCCUCCAAUUGGCCACUGCGAGGGCAAAAAGACAGUCCUUUCGAAGGUGGUGUUCACGUUCCUGCCGUCAUUUGGAGCCCUUUGUUGAAAACCCGACAUGGAGUAAGCAACACUUUAAUUCACACAACCGAUUGGCUGCCGACUUUCGCCAAUCUGGCCGGAAUUCCACUUGAAUCUCUAGACAAUCCGGAUGGAUUCGAUAUUUGGGAGGCUCUAAGUAGCAACACUACCAGUCCAAGACGGGAAGUGCUUCACAAUAUCGAUCCCAUCAGUGGAUACAGUUCCUACAUGCGAAAUGGAUGGAAGUAUGUGAACGGAACGAGAUUGAAUGGAAGAUGGAGCGGAUGGUAUGGAGAAAAGGUCGAACCAAGGCAAUCUAGCGACUAUGUAAGCACAGUUAUGGAUAGCCCAGUAUGGAGCAUUCUCAGCUCUUUUAGAAAAACUGAGUUGGGCUCAAGUGAUGUUUUGGACAUCAGAAAGCUGGCCGCAAUAAAUUGCGACAGAGAGAAUCUGCAGGAAAUUGACUGUGAACCAUUGAAGGCGCCUUGUCUCUUCAAUAUAGACGUUGAUCCUUGUGAGAUAUCCAACGUCGCUGUUUAUCAUCAGGAUCGUGUGGCGAGUCUCAGAGACAGGAUUGAUGAAUUGUCAGAGACAAUGCUGCAGCCGAUAAAUACCAAAGCUGAUCCAAAAUGCGAUCCCGCGCAAUUUGGCAACAUCUGGACUUGGUGGCUGGACGAAUUGGAAGUCAAACAGGAGGAAAUUAAACCGGAAAAUAAUCUUUUCUGGAUUUUAGUCGGCCUGGGGACUUUACUCGCGCUUAUAGCAAUUGGAGUGAUUCUAAUUGCAUGCAAUAAGCACAAAAUAUGCUCAAAACAAGUCAAAAUGUAACAGUAUUGCGAAUUUAAGGGGCGUUUUUUGUACUUCAGAGAAUUUAGACUUAAGAAUUGAAGAAAUAAAUUUUUUGUAAUACGACACAAUAAAUUUUCUCUACGAGGUGUUAUCUUAACACCUGUUAACUCUUUAUCCAAGUGUUCAUGAAAUUCAUCAGAAUUUCACCCUUAUCGGAUUGUGUUCGCCACCAGCGGCGCCACU